AUGUUUUCACUUAUAAGAGGCAGAAGUAUCUCACAAGUCCAGCGAUGGACGAGUACAAGAAGUGUUUUAAACUUGCGCACUUUUUUGCUUUCUACUCGUUGUAAUCAGGAGUUGAACCAAACGAAACGAAAGCCACCAUUGAUUUCGUUUGACCAGAAUAGCCAGCAUCCAUCGUCAAGGGUGCCUGAGGAAAAAGCAGUUGAUGCCAAUGGCGAUCCACUAAUCACGGUAGAGCGUGAUUUACCUUAUCCCUAUGCCAAGCGUGAUGAGAAUAGGAAAUAUUUUGUUGUUUUUGCCAUUGGUAUGACAUUGGCAUGUUUGGUGAUUUUUAAUUAUGAGAAAUCGUCGUCACCCAUUAUAAAUUCUGUGCUUUACUACUUGCGAAGAUCCACUAUUGGUCAGGAUGCUUUGGGCAAGGAUAUUGAUUUUGCUUCUAGUUGGCCAUGGAUUUGGGGUACUUUAAACACAGUACAGGGUAAGAUUGAUAUCAAGUUCAAGGUUAAAGGUUUUGAGCGUUCGGGCUAUUUGGUUUUGAAAGCUGAGAGGGAGUCUAAGAGACAUCCCUUUGAGGUAGAAAAAUUUGUUUUGGAGGUGGACACUAAGGAUAGUAAAGUUGAGUACGAUUUAAUGACUGAUCCGGAAUACGAGUUUGAUCUUUAG